AAGCCGGCUGCUCGUUCGCGAGCUAUGAUGGAAACUUUAAUUCAUCUGAAUGAGUUUAUGGAUUUGUGUGAGCCGGUGUGACAGAGGGACCCGGGUAACCGAUACAGGGAUUCAUCUCACUAUAGACGGUCUAAGCCAUCCAUCCAUCCACCCGUCCACCUGUCCGUCUCGGGGAAGGAGAAGCGCAGCCUCUCGUUAUGCUGUCUCUCUGGAAACAAGGACACUUCGUCCAGUGUUACGCACGGCUGUGAAACGACCAGUCGAACACUAUAGAAGCCUCUCUUUCUUUCACAUGGGCGAAGACGAGGAGGGGUCCUGCGCCCAGACUCACCGCGGAGGAAACGAAGCAAACGGAGACACCGGAGCGUCUCUGGACCCGGACGGAGAGAGGAGAUAUGCAGAGCUGUUCAAGCAGCUGGACUUGAAUAAAGAUGGCAGGGUUGACAUCAACGAACUGAGGACCGGACUGGCAGCUCGUGGUUUACACCAGGGAGAGGCGGAGGAGAUUGUCCUCGAGAGCGACAUCAACCAGGAUGGUUUGCUGGACUUCCAGGAGUUCUCCCAGUACCUGUGGGCUCACGAGAAGAGGCUGUGGCUCAUGUUCCGCAGUCUUGACCGCAACAAUGAUGGUCGGAUUGAUGUGGGGGAGAUCCAGCACUCCCUGCACAGGCUUGGUGUGGAGGUCACCAUGGAGCAGGCCUCCACAAUACUGCAGAGUAUGGACAGGGACGGCACAAAGACAAUUGACUGGAAUGAAUGGCGUGAUCACUUCCUGUUCAACCCUUUCCACAACAUGGAGGAGAUCGUCCACCACUGGAAACACUCCCAUAUGUUUGACAUUGGGGAACAUCUGACGGUACCAGAUGAGUUCUCAGAGCGGGAGCGGAGGUCCGGUCUGGUGUGGAGGCAGCUGGUUGCUGGAGCGAUGGCAGGGGCUGUGUCCCGGACAGGAACUGCUCCUCUGGACCGCGUCAAAGUCUUCCUGCAGGUACAUGGCUCUACGUCUCGGGCCAUUAAUCUGUGGUCCGGACUGAGGGGGAUGGUCCAGGAGGGAGGCGUCUCCUCACUCUGGAGGGGAAAUGGCAUCAAUGUCCUCAAGAUUGCCCCUGAAUCUGCCAUUAAGUUUAUGGCCUAUGAACAGAUCAAGUGGCUGAUCCGAGGAAGUAAAGAGGGGGCCGGUUUAAGGGUUCGAGAGAGGUUCAUUGCUGGCUCUCUGGCAGGAGCUACCGCCCAGACCAUCAUCUACCCUAUGGAGGUGCUGAAGACUCGUCUUACUUUAAGGACGACGGGACAAUACUCAGGUAUGGCUGAUUGUGCCAGACAGAUCCUGAAGAAGGAGGGAGUCCGGGCCUUCUACAGGGGCUACCUACCAAAUACACUGGGCAUCAUCCCCUAUGCUGGCAUUGACUUGGCUGUGUAUGAGACUCUGAAGAACGCCUGGCUCCAGAGGUACUGUGUAGGUUCAGCAGAUCCAGGAGUGCUGGUGCUGCUGGGCUGUGGUACCAUCUCCAGCACCUGCGGCCAGCUGGCAUCCUAUCCCCUUGCUCUCAUUCGGACACGUAUGCAGGCACAAGCCAUCACUGAGGAUAAACCCAAACUGACCAUGGUGGGCCAGUUCAAAUACAUCAUAUCCAAUGAAGGGGUACCAGGCCUGUAUCGCGGCAUCACCCCCAACUUCCUCAAAGUGAUUCCAGCUGUCAGCAUCUCCUACGUGGUGUACGAGCACAUGAAGAAAGUUCUCGGCAUGAGUUACUAGACUGAGACAAAGAAGAUGGAUUAAUAACAAGGACAGAAAAGGCAAAGGUUUCAUUAUGCUUGUAAGAGGAAGAGGAGAGGUCAUGAUGCUGCUCCUCAGUCCUCAACGGAAAAGAAAGGACGAGGAGAUGGGAAGAGUGAGAACAACUGAGAGAACAGUUUUGAACUUUGGCAGAAAAUAUUGUGUCAAUGUGAGAAUCCAUCAUUCAGAGAAGGAGCUGAGAGAUAAAAUAUGUUUUCAGGGGCUUCUAACUGGCUGCUUCAGGAGAAUGUUUCAGAUAGUGGGUGGUUUCCACUGCUGCCUCUGUUUGAUUCCAGUGUGAACUGAGGUUGGUGGGAGCAGCAGGGGGCAUCAACAAUGGUAAAUGGUUUUGUAUAGUGCUUUUCUAGUCUUUCCGACAUACUCGGAAGGGCUUUAACACUACUUGUCAUUCACUUAUUCACACACUGAUGGAUACAAUGCCACCUAACAUCAGACUAACUAACAUUCAUACAGGGAGCAAUUUUGGGGUUAAGUGUCUUGCCCAAGGACUUGCUCAU